UUAUUAUUAUUUUCUUAUACGUCCUCAUGUCCUUUUUUCCCUUUCGUCUCCUUUUCCUUCUGAAAAUUUUCUUUCCUUGGUGAUAAAACGAGCUCGUAACGUGCGUUUUUUUUUUUUCUUUUUUAUACCGCUGAUAUCUUAAACGUACGCGUAGAAAUUCGCGAGUGCACUUUGAUGGGAAUUUAUCAAAUGAGUUAAAGAAAAGGAAGAAAAGGGAGGAAGAAAAUAAAGUGGGGAAGGAAAAAAAGGUGCAGGAGUAAUAAAUAAAAGAGUAGAAAGAGGAAGAGGAAGAGGAAGAGGAAAAGGAAAAGGAAAAGGAGAAAAAGGAACAACACUUAGCAAGGCUCCUAAUAUUUUUGUGAUUGUGAGAUGGUGUUCGUGAACGUGCUGAUGUUGGUUGCUACCCUCUGAAAAAGAAAAUUAGUAGGAAUGAUAUAGCAUUGUAUUAAAGAAAAAGAGAAAAAAAGAAACAAAGGAAAAACAGGAAAAAAAAGGAAAACUAAACUAAAAGAAAAAGAAAAAAAGAGAACAAAAAGCAACGAACGUUUUUUCUUAGCAAUGAAGAAGAAUAUUUACGAGUUGACAAAUGCCGGCGGUAUGAUUCGUCGGGAAGAUAUCGACGAUGAGUUCCUGCCUUUGGUUGUACGAGGAGAAGGUUACGAUAGUUAUUAACGAAGAAGAUAGAGAGGAGAGGAGUAGAAUAGAUCAAAGAAGGAUAGGAAGAAGGAGAAUAAGGAGGAAAGAAAAGAGAAAGAAAAAGAAGAGGAAUAAAAAUAACAAGGUGAUAUCGAUAGGAUCAUACGAGAUGAAAGGUACAAGGUGAUGAAUAAAGAGCAGAGAUCCCAAUGAUAUCUCGGCGAGGUGGAAGCGAGGGGUGUAAAGGUCCACCCAGUAGUCCGCUGAGUAGCGGUUCCGAGGACAACGGAUUCGUUAAUCGUCCUCGGGUGGCGGGUCUCUACGUGAAGAAUCUUAGCAGAGAAGAACUGGAUAGUUUGGCGGAAGAAGGAAUUUAUGGGCCAAAGGGAGACCCAAACGAGAGAAGGAGGAACGGUGGUAGUCAAAGAAGUUUGAAUCUUCCCGGUCCGAGUCGAGAAUUCGAAGGACAUCAUCGUUAUCCUGUUGCAACAUCUAGAACACCCCAACCACCCAGAAGAUCGGCUAUUGGUGUUAGAUACAAUGAAACCGAAAGAAGACUCGAUCAUCAUGGUUCCGUGCCGAUCGAAAGAGUUUGGUCUCGGCGUUGUUUCGAUGGGGGUUCGAGGCACAACUCUCCUGUCCGGGAAUCCUUCGGAUCGGUCGACAGUUGGAAGUCGCCUCUUGCCAUGCGAAGAAUCGGCAAUUCGCCAAGAGGAAGUUCCGUGGAUUUACGAGUAUCGAAAGAUUCUACGAGAUCCUCCAGUUCACGUAAUACGGAUUUUGCGUUCGAAAGGAGCCGUUCGAGGAGCCCCGAGGAACCACCAAUUCCACCACCGAGAAGAACGCGUACGAGACCGGACGAUCAGGGUGAAGGGGACUCGCCGAAGAAACAACCAGCAAGACGCUCGCCACCACCAUACGCGGGUUUGAGUCCACCCGAGUAUACGCUUUACGACGAAUAUGAUUACGAGGAUAGCCUGUCCAGGUUAUUUCCAAGAUGCGCUACAGCGAGACCCUAUGCCGAUAGUCCUCAGUACGAUAAUUCACAGAUAACGAAGAAUUCUGAUCGAGACAUUCCUGGAGUAACGGAGACUGAAUUAAUACAAUCUACGACGAAGGGUAUUGUCAAUGAUAAAAAAGAAGAUUCUAAUCAAGUCGAUACAAUGCGCGACAAAACUAGUCCGAUUUCUAGGGAGGAUGAUAAUAGGAAGGAUUCACCGACGAAAAAAUCAUCGAGAGUUCAGGAUAGUACGAGAUUACGUCCACCGUUGGUUGGGACCGCUGGUACCUCGGCAGACUCUGGUACCGGCGAUACCGGAAGUGCCGAGAUUCAAGCGGACACUAUAGGAACACCAAGAGAAAACUCGACCAUAGCCCUCGAUACGAUCGUUGUUAACAUCGAAGGCAAAUCUCCUGGAUCUAAGACACCCGGCAAGGCUGCCAAACAAACAGUCAAACCAUUUACCAAAGAAAGCCUGGACAGGAUAGAAAAUCGUACGGUGCAAUUGGUCAGAGAUUAUGGAUUUCAACCGAAAAGGAAGAUGUCUGUUGAAGAUGGUGCCGUUUUGCCAAUGAAAUUCGAACCUUUCCCGACCGAACUUUAUGGCAGACCACUCGAAGAAAUCGAUAACUUUAUAUACGACGAGACUUUCUGCGUGGUGUCGAAGAGAUUUCGAAAAAAUUACAUCCAUAGGUUCACUGCAACCAAUAGUUGGUUUCUAUUUUCCCCGUGGAAUCCUAUAAGACGGUGCUGCAUCUUCCUGAGUACUAAUCAGUACUUCGAUUACAUGGUCAUGGCUACUAUACUACUUAAUUGCGUCUUCCUGGCCAUGACCGAAACCGUCGAAGAAGCCGAAUAUAUCUUCCUAGCCAUAUACACGGCGGAAAUGGUGAUAAAAUCAAUAGCUAAAGGAUUUAUAUUGAACAAGUACACCUACCUACGAAAUCCCUGGAAUUGGUUGGAUUUUGUGGUGAUAACUAGCGGUUACGCAACAAUCGGUAUGGACGUUGGAAAUUUGGCUGGCCUUAGGACAUUCAGGGUGUUGAGAGCAUUUAAGACUGUAUCCAUUAUGCCAGGCUUAAAGACUAUUAUUAACGCGCUCUUGCACAGCUUCAAGCAACUAGCCGAGGUAAUGACACUUACGAUCUUCUGCCUGAUGGUUUUUGCCCUGUUCGCUUUACAAGUUUACAUGGGUGAACUUAGGAACAAAUGCGUGAAGCAUCAAGAACCAAACACCACGCAGAUUGAUUGGAAGGAGUGGGCUUGGAACUCGUCCAACUGGGCUUUGAACGAGUACGAUGAGCCAAUCAUCUGUGGCAAUGUAACCGGGGCCAGACAUUGUAACGAGAGCUACACCUGCCUCUGCGUUGGCCCGAAUCCAAACCACGGUUACACCAACUUCGAUAACUUCUUGUGGUCCAUGCUCACCACGUUCCAGCUGAUUACUCUAGACUUUUGGGAGGACGUCUAUAACAAGGUAUUGUCGGCGUGCGGACCUAUUAGCGUCUCGUUCUUCACGGUGGUCGUGUUCUUUGGUUCAUUUUAUCUAAUUAAUUUGAUGCUAGCUGUCGUAGCACUUAGCUACGAGGAGGAAGCCGAAAUUACGAACGAGGAAAGAAGAAAGGAUUUAACCGACCAUCGUGACGACUCGACGUUUAGUUUCGACCCGACGAAGAUCAACAUUAAGACCCUCACAAAAGAAAAACAGAAAAAGAUAGAUGCCAGGAAGGGUGUACUUUUAAGCAGUUACACGAGAAAAAAGACAAGAAGAAGAAAACGUGGUAGGAGUUCUGCGGGCCAAGAAAAAAAUGGUGGCGCACGUAGCAGGUCAGUUACACCAAGUCCAAGUCCAAGUCCAAGACAUUCAAGUGUCAGACCAUCACAUCUUCCGUUACAAAAUGUAACACCUAGGCCACCGGAAGGAAAUACGGUGCAUAGGUUAGCGCCAAAUCGUGGUAUGUUGCAUUCGAGACAAGCAAGUAACAACAGUAAUCAACAAUCUUCAUUGGAUGAUUCUGGUGUGGUCGAUGAUCACGACGGUGACGAUGUUACGUCUGCCGAGGAACAUGAUAAACGUGAACAUCGGGAACACAGGGUAGAAACUCAGGAUAAGGAUAAUAAUCAAGAGGAUGACGAGGAUCAAAACAAUCCUGAAUCUUCUUUACGUCCUGAUUAUCCAACCGCUCCUGUUACCGUUUCCGUUAAGACUAGCAAUCGAGAGAUCAGAGUUCUCAAGUGCAACGGCGUCAAAACGAAGAAACAUAUGUACGCGCUGCCUCCAGAGUACCUGUCGCAUAUUGUAGUUUUAGACGAUCUUCCAGAUAGAAACUGCGAGAAGUGCAUUCAAUGUUGCGUAGACUACGAGGGAUGGUUACGCUUUCAAAAUUGUCUAUAUAAGGUGGUAAGAGAUCCGCUGUUCGAGUUGAUGAUCACCCUCUGUAUCGUAUUGAACACUGGUUUUCUGGCGAUGGAACAUCACGGUAUGAGCGAAUCGAUACGUCAAGCAUUAAACAUCGGCAACAAAGUGUUCACAAGUAUCUUCACGUUCGAAUGCUUUUUAAAAUUGCUCGCACUUAGCAAGGAUUUCUUUAACAACGGUUGGAACAUUUUCGAUUUGAUAAUAGUAUCGGCCUCGUUGAUAGAUCUGACCUUCGAAUUAGUCGACGGUUUAUCAGUGAUAAGAGGUCUCAGACUGUUACGAGUAUUAAAGUUAGCACAAUCUUGGACAACGAUGAAGGUCUUACUCAGUAUAAUCAUUUCAACGAUCGGUGCUUUAGGUAAUCUAACAUUUGUCCUUGUUAUCGUCAUUUAUAUAUUCGCUGUUAUCGGGAUGCAGUUGUUCAGUAAGGAUUACACGUCGGAGAAGUUUUAUCCUGAUCCUGUACCACGUUGGAACUUCAACGAUUUCUUCCAUUCGUUCAUGAUGAUAUUUCGUAUACUUUGCGGCGAAUGGAUCGAACCAUUAUGGGAUUGCAUGCGUGCCGAAAAAGAGGAAGGUGCUGGCACCUGUUUCGCUAUAUUUCUACCGGCAUUGGUGAUGGGUAAUUUCAUGGUACUCAAUCUCUUCUUGGCCUUGUUGCUCAACAGUUUUAAUUCCGAGGAAUUGAAGCAGAAAAAGGAGGAAGUUGGGAAGGAUUCGAAAUUGGCUAGAUCCGUAGAUAGGAUACGUUCGAUUGUUAAAAAGAAAAAAUAUCGGAAAGAAAAUUCGGAAAACGAGAAGAACAUGAGAUUGGAACAAAUAGUCAGAGAAGUUAUGGAUCAAUCGGACAAAGAGAAAUAUGCGAUACAAGAGACGGUAUUAAGCCUUCCUAAAGACAAUAUUUAUAACAGGUCAUAUCAAGAGAGUCUCAAUCAACCUGUCUUCACGUACGAACCUGUAUAUCGUCAAGCUACGUUGACCACUUAUAGUCAGAGCAGUCAAGAAACCGUUAAGGAAAAUAAAAGGUCUGGGGAAAAGGAUGAAAGCAAUGAUACAAACGUUGAAGAAAGUAUUGAAAUGGACGUUUUGAAGGAUUCCAGUAAAGCAGAUGAGGAAGUUGCUAUGUUGCCGGAAGAAAAACCAUCCCAUCCUAUACGAAAAGAGGAAAGGAUAGAAAAACGACCUUGGCAUGCAUUGGUCAGUUACGUUGACGAGUUAACUGUCGGUGGUAGAAGAGAUAGCAAAGGAAGAUACAUUGAUGGGAUGGGUUCGUUUCCCAUGUUUGGUAGGAACAAAGAGCCAAAGGAACCUCAGGAUUGUUUUCCACAACAUUGUUAUCAAAAAUGUAGCUGUAUUAAUAGUUGCAUCCGAACCGAUGUCGGAAGAAAAUGGAUAAGAAUCCGAACGGUAGUUUUAUCGGUAGUCGACACACCUGCCUUCGAAUGGAUGAUCCUAGUGUUGAUUUUUGCAUCCUCCAUUACACUUUGCUUCGAGGAUAUAUACCUGGACGAUAAUCCAUUUCUUAAAAAAAUCCUUUAUUGGACCAAUCUCGCUUUCUGCGCGUUGUUCAGCAUCGAGAUGCUUCUCAAGUGGUUGGCUUUAGGAUUCUGUAAAUACUUCACCAGUUUCUGGACGAUCCUGGAUUUUAUAAUAGUUUUCAUCGACAAGAAACAAACAAAUACAACAAUUCUAAAACAACUUAACAAUUUGAAACGUUGUUUCGGUGUUCUCUUUUUCUGUGUGUUUUAUGUGAUGCCUCGUGGACACAGGUACGUCAAAUUAUUACGCUUGAUUGUUUUUCUUAACAGCAUCGUAGUGAACGCGUUGAUGUAUGCAAUACCUAGUAUAUUCAACGUGCUCCUCGUCUGUCUCGUGUUCUGGCUUAUUUUUUCGAUUAUGGGUGUCCAAUUUUUUGGUGGUAAAUUCUUCAAAUGUCUUGACGAGUACGGUGAAUUAUUGGACAUAACGAUAAUAAAUACCAAGGACGAUUGCCUAAAUCAAAAUUAUUCAUGGGAGAACAGUAAGAUAACAUUCGAUCACGUUGGAAUCGCAUACUUGGCAUUAUUUCAAGUGGCCACAUUCGAAGGUUGGAUGGAAGUAAUGGAAGAUGCUGUUGAUGCCAGGGGUGUAGAUUUACAACCCCAAAGGGAAGCUAAUCUUUGGGCUUACCUUUAUUUCGUAAUAUUCAUCGUUUGUGGUUCCUUCUUUACAUUGAAUCUAUUCAUCGGAGUGAUCAUAGAUAACUUUAACAUGUUAAAAAAGAAGUACGAAGGUGGCGUGCUAGAAAUGUUUUUGACCGAGAGUCAAAAACACUACUACACUGCCAUGAAAAAGCUCGGCCGUAAAAAGCCGCAAAAAGUAAUAAAACGUCCGAUCAACCAAUUCCUCGCAAUGUUCUACGACCUGUCCAAUUCCCGAAGAUUCGAAAUAGCGAUCUUCGUUUUGAUAUUUCUCAACAUGCUGACGAUGGGAAUCGAACAUUACGAUCAACCACAUCCAAUAUUUUUCGUCCUUGAAGUAUCUAACGCAUUCUUUACGACGGUAUUUGGUUUGGAAGCAAUAGUGAAGAUAAUUGGAUUGCGUUAUCAUUAUUUCACCGUACCAUGGAACCUAUUCGAUUUUUUACUCGUCUUAGCAUCGAUAUUGGGAAUACUUAUGGAAGAUAUUAUGAUGGACUUUCCCGUGUCCCCGACGCUCUUGCGGGUGGUGAGGGUGUUCAGAAUUGGUAGGAUCUUAAGGCUCAUUAAAGCUGCUAAGGGUAUUCGUAAACUUUUAUUUGCAUUGGUGGUCAGUCUUCCGGCAUUAUUCAACAUCGGAGCAUUGCUUGCUUUGAUUACCUUCAUUUACGCCAUUAUUGGUAUGUCAGUGUUUGGACAUGUCAGGAAACAAGGAGCUUUGGAUGACAUGGUAAACUUUGAAACGUUCGGUCGUAGCAUGCAAUUACUUUUUCGUCUGAUGACUUCGGCUGGCUGGAAUGAUGUAUUAGAAUCACUUAUGGUACAAGCACCUGAUUGCGAUCCGACCCCGACCAGUAGGAAAAUGAACGGCGACUGCGGAUAUCCUUUAUUGGCAAUUACCUACUUCACUUCCUUUAUCAUCAUCAGUUAUAUGAUAGUUAUCAACAUGUACAUCGCUAUUAUUUUGGAAAACUUCAAUCAGGCUCAUCAGGAAGAAGAAAUUGGUAUCGUCGAGGAUGACCUAGAAAUGUUUUAUAUUCGUUGGUCAAAAUAUGAUCCACAUGCAACCCAAUUUAUCAGUUUCUCGCAGCUAAGUGAUUUCAUAGCGAGCCUAGACCCACCUCUGGGAAUAUCAAAGCCCAAUGUCGUAGCGUUGGUAAGCUUUAAUCUUCCCAUCGCGAAGGGUAACAAGAUCCAUUGUCUGGACAUCCUGCACGCACUUGUCAAGCACGUUCUUGGACACGUUGAAGAAUCCGAUGAUUUUCGUAAGCUUCAAGAACAAAUGGACGUUAAGUUCAAGAAGCAAUUCCCAACGAGAAAGGAAUUGGAAAUAGUGUCUUCCACCAGAAUUUGGAAACGUCAGGAUAAAGCUGCCAGGCUCAUUCAACGUACGAUUAGAGAAUUUAUUGCGAUGAAGAAGGAAAGGGAAAGGAUUGCGCACGAGGUGGAUUCACAGACGCAAACAUCGAGUCCUGGUGGUGUGGGGAGUGAUGGUAGGGGCGGGGGUGGUUGGGGUGGAAAGCUGUCGGCCCUGCUGCACGUACACCGAGGUAGCCGGGCCAGUAGCCGCAAGUCCUCCAGGGCCAGCGACGCCAGCGAUCUCAGUGAGCUCGGGACAGCAUCAGCGUGGCUAUUUCCAAAUCUACCCCUGCUGUUGCUCUCCGGCGCCACGGGAACCCACGAGGACCUGCAACCCCCCGCCCUUACCGUGUCCCGUCCCUCACCAACCACGGAACAACCAUCGGCCACCUCAAGUUCUGGAUCUGAUUCUCACAUUACUGUUAGAUCGCUCGGUGCGACGUUGGGCCGUCAGGACGCCGUGGAAACUUAUCCAGACGAAGACGUCCUGAGUCCACCGAGUUCGAAACGAAGUUCACUGCGUACCAGCGGUACGACGUUGUCCCUGAACACUCUCCAACGCGACAUUAAAGAGGCCUUCAAUCGUCGUUGCAGUAGUCUUCGAAAACGUCCACUAGUACCAGUAUUACAACCAUCGCAAUUACCCUUAACUAUAGCAACAGGAACAGCACCUGCAAUAACAACAACAACAACAACAACAACUGCAACUGGAUCAACUGGGUUAGUAGGAGUAGCACCGACAACAGAACCAAUAUCACUUCCAAUAGGUGACGGAAGUGACUCAGUCAGUAUACUCGUAACAGAACCGAGUCCAGAAAAUUCUGCACCACCAUCUAGACCGCCAUUGAUCAGACAACAAUCUGAAGCUACGGUUGUUCACGUACUCGUUCAUAGAGAAAGCGAGGAAUAUCAAGAAACCCCCGACGAUAGCUGAUCCUAAUUCGAUUAGGGACUUUUUUUUCAAUCAAAGAUUUCAAAUAACUCUAUUUCAUUUGUGAAGAUAGAAGAGAAAAAAGAAAGAGAGACAGAGAGAGAGAGAGAGAAAGAGAAAGAGAAUAUCUGAGAAAAUAUAGAAUUUCUGUAAUUACAUUUAACUCUAACAAAAGCCAAUAAGAAUUAAAUUAUUGAGAGAAUUAGGUAUACAUUAUUAUACUUGAAAGGAAGAAUUUAACACGAUCUACGUUAAUUCUUCUUAUUCAUCAUCUUCUUCUUCUUCUUCUUAUUCUUCUAAUUCUUAUUAUUCUUAUUCUUAUUCUUAUUCUAACCCUUAUCGGACGUUAGUGUCACCUCUCCCCCAUGACAAUGGCUUUUUGCGAAAUGAAGAUAAAGAAAAAUAAAAUAAAAUAAUAAAAAAAUAUAAAUCAAAAUAAAUCUCAAUAAUUUCUAUAACAAUAAUGUUAUUAUAUUACAAUCCUAAAAAGUUUUUGCAUAUUUAUCGAAAUCAGCUAUAACUUAAUGAGAAACGCGUGAAAAAAAAAUACUGACGACCGAUAAGGGGCUAAUAUAAUACGAUUAGGGAAACAAAUGAAUCGAUCGAAUAAUUAACAAAAAAUAACAUACGAACACACGUAUACAUAUAGAAAAAAGAGAAAGAGCCGUUCUCUCUCGCGCAUAGGUUUAUAUAUAAUAUUCUUAUUAAGUAUUAAAUAUAUUAUUAUUAUCAUCGAUUAAGAUCUCGCGAAAACGAAACUCUCGUUAAGAAUUCGAAUCUAGAGACUCUUUAUAUUUCAAUUCUCUAUAAUUAGCAUUUUUAGAAGGAGAAUAAUAUUAAUAUAUUAAUAAUAAUAAUAAUAAUAAUA